AUGUCGCGCCUUUUCGAUCCGAUGGGGUUAGUCGGAGCAGCUAUCGUCAGCGCGAAGAUCCUUCUGCAAUUAAUGUGGUCGAAAAACUUUGACUGGAACCAAGAAGUUCCAAAAGAAUUUCAAGAUUGGUGGAUCCAAUAUCGGUCCGAGAUUCAGACACUCGCUGUUUUAAAAAUUCCUCGCCGUGUUAUGGUGGAUAAUCCUCGGGUACUUGAAUUUCACAUCUUUUCAGACGCAUCCGACAAGGCCUAUGGAUGUUGCGUCUAUCUCAAAUCUAUCAAUUCAAUGGGAGAACGCAAAUGCAAUUUACUCAUUUCAAAGUCUCGCGUCAGUCCACUCAGCAAACUAUCAACUCCUCGGCUCGAGCUUUGUGCCGCUGUGCUCGCUGCGCAACUGGCCGAGUUUGUACUGGACGCCACAAAGAUUAAUUGCCCAGUAACGUACUGGACGGAUUCGACAAUAGUACUUCACUGGCUGGCAUCGUCAUCGUCUUCGUGGAAAGUGUUUGUGUCGAAUAGAAUCGCCGAAAUACAUCGGCUCACCCGAGGUAGUAUUUGGCGCCACGUUCCAACCACCGAUAACCCUGCUGAUCGAGUCUCACGAGGCAUUCUCCCAUCUCGCUUAAUUGAUGACGAUUUGUGGUGGCAUGGACCUCCGUUCCUACUCGAGGAUGAGUCAAGCUGGCCGCCGAACAAUAUAGCGCUCUCGCCGUUACACUUACAGGCUCGAGAGACAGAAGCCAGACAAAUAGUGUCCAUGAUAACCACCAUUACAACUUCAUUGCUUUCGGAAUUGAUCGAACGACACUCUCUUCUUUCUCCUCUGCUACGCAAGGUCGCUUGGAUUCACCAAUUUAGUCACAACGCCCGCGCGAGAGAAGCCCGAAAUCACCAUCGUGGCCCACUUACUGCCACAGAGAUUGAUAUCGCAUUGAAAACUUUGAUUAAAGUCGCUCAAAAGGAAUACUUUUCGCUAGAAAUCGAUUUUCUAAGGAAACAUCAAGGUCCUGCACGAAAGGAAAUGACAUUUAAAUCGCCGUUGAAAAAGCUUAAUCCUUUCCUCGAUUCAGAAGGUUUGCUGAGGAUAUUUGGACGUCUACAAAAUCUGGAUGCUCCUUUCGAUACAAAAUAUCCCAUAAUUCUUCCAUCGAAAGCGCAUCUAACGUUCCUGAUUGCGAAGGCGACCCACUUUAGAAUGCUGCAUAGCGGACCUCAACUACUACUAGCCACCUUGAGACAGCGUUUUUGGCCAAUCAGAGGACGAGACCUCGCUACGAAGAUCGUCAGAGAGUGCAUGGUUUGUUUUCGAUGUAAACCCAAAAGCAUCUGCCAGAUCAUGGGACCACUACCAGCUGUUCGUCUUACGCCUUCGCGUCCGUUCGUUAGUAGUGGCGUCGACUAUUGCGGACCGUUUUCUGUUCGUCCACCGAACCGUCGAGGUUCGUCAAUGAAAAUAUUCGUCGCAAUUUUCAUUUGUAUGUGGUCGAAAGCAGUGUAUAUUGACAUGGUCUACAGUCUCACGACUACCGCCUUCGUGAACGUUCUUAUUCGUUUCUUGUCGCGGCACGGUAGUGUAGCUCAUAUUUAUUGCGAUAACGCGCGGACGUUCGUCGGAGCAAACCGCGUGCUCCAGGAAUAUCGUCGCGAGUUCAACGCGAUGCAUUGCUCCGAGAAACUCGCUUCGCAUUGUGCUGACAAUGGAAUAACCUUUCAUUUCAACCCUGCACGAUCACCCCACUUUGGAGGCCUAUGGGAGGCCUCCGUCAAGACCUUCAAAUAUCACCUCUACUGUAUAAUGAAGGAUUCGCUGCUGAUCAUCGAUGACUUCCACACGCUCAUCACCCAGAUACAAGGAGUGAUGAACUCUCGUCCGUUGAUGCCCUUGUCCUCCGAUCCGGCGGACGUGAUUGCCCUAACGCCUGCGCACUUUCUUGUGGGAGAGCCAAUCAAUUCGCUCCCGCAACCAGCUUUGUGUGACUUUCCUGACAACCGUCUUAACUCAUUCCAGACAAUGCAGAAACGUUUCCAGCACUUCUGGAAGGCUUGGUCGCGCGACUACAUCGGCCAACUACAGAACCGCCAGAAAUGGCCAGUGGUCCAUCCUGAUGUCGACGUAGGCACACUCGUUCUGCUGAAGAAGGAGUCAACACCACCCAUGAAAUGGAACCUUGGACGGGUGGAACAAAUUUUCCCAGGAAAAGACGGACACGUGCGUGUGGUCCAGGUCCGGACCGCACAAGGUACUUACCGACGAGCCAUUACAGAGGUGUGCCCACUCCCUAUCGAGCAGCCUCGCACCCAAGACAUCAGCGCUACCGUUCCUGCAGAUGCACCACCGACCACCCACUAA